AUGGCUAGUUAUCAAUAUUUUAGUUAUAUAGAUUUAUAUAAAAUCAAUAAUGUGAAUUUAGACCCUUUUACUGAAGUAUUUAAUGAUAAAUUUUAUUUAAGAUAUAUUUACAAAUGGCCUCAUAUGAAUAUUGUUAGUAAAGAUAUGGAUGAUCAUAUAAGUGGAUAUAUAAUAGGAAAAGAAGAAGGAUAUGGUGAAGAAUAUCAUGGUCAUGUAACGGCGUUAUCAAUCGAAGAAGAUGGUAGAAGAACAGGAAAAGGGAUUGGUUUAAUGAAUGAAUUUGAGAAAAUAUCUAAAAUAAUUCACAAAGGUUAUUUUGUUGAUUUAUUUGUUCGAAUAUCAAAUGAUCCAGCUAUUAAUAUGUAUAAAAAGUUGGGAUACAUUAUCAAUGAAGAAAUUACUAACUAUUAUUGUGGUAAUGAAAGUGCUCUAGAUAUGAGGAAAUACUUAAAUUUAGAAAAAACAUAA